GAAGUACCUGCUACACUCCUUCUCUACUGUUCUCGGAGUCUCUUCUCGCGUUAACGCCGUGCUUGGUUAGAAUGCAGCUAGCUCGUUAGUUGACUCCAUCGUUUCCAGGUUUCAUGUCAACCUGAAAACAUUAGACCAAGAGAGACACAAACAGCAAAUUGACAGCCGAACGCUUUUAAAACCCAGGUUGCACGGAGAGGUGGGACAAUGCCACACAACUUCCAGGCCGGAGACCUGGUCUUCGCUAAAAUGAAGGGAUACCCCCACUGGCCAGCUAGGAUUGAAGAUGUGGCUGAUGGAGCUGUGAAACCACCACCUAAUAAAAUCCCUAUUUUCUUCUUUGGGACCCAUGAAACAGCAUUCCUUGCAGCAAAAGACCUUUUCCCAUAUGAAAAGUACAGAGAGCGCUACGGCAAGCCCAACAAAAGGAAGGGAUUCAAUGAAGGUUUAUGGGAGAUCCAGAACAAUCCACAUGCCUCCUACAGUGCUCCACCUGCACAGGCUAGCUCAUCUGAUAGUGAGGGGAAUGAAGCAGCAGCAGGAGGAGAAGGAGGGGGAAGUGACGAAGAGGAUGACGACGAAGACGCUCCAGUUGCUCAAAAAGCCGACUCCGGCAGCGAGGACGAGUCAGAUUCUGGGAGUGACGACAGAGGGAGGGGAGGUGGGAUAAAGCGAAAGGCACAGACUCCCAAGCGGCCUCCUCCUCCAAAAAAAGCGCGAGGCUCCUCCAGCGACAGAGACGAAGAGGAGAGCAGGUCUCCGUCUGAAUCAGAACCGACGGCUUCAGAGUCUGACUCUGGCAAAAACAGCGACAAGGAUUUUACUCCAGAUAAGAAAUCCGGUGGACGAGGAGGAAAGAAAGCCGGUGGCAGAGGGAAGAAGAAGAAAGGUUCUUCUGACUCAGAUUCAGAGUCGGGAUCAGGGUCAGAGAAGAAAAUCGCUGACAGCGACUCUGAGGACGAGAAGCCACGGCCGGCUCUGUCCGGCUCCGAGUCCCAGUCUGGCUCAAAAUCAGAGUCCGAGUCUGAUCCGCCUCCCCGCAAGGGCCCGCAGCCUCGCAAGAAAGAGAAAGCUGCUCCAAAGCCUCGAGCAAGAAAACCCAAACCUGCCCCUGCUAAACGAGCACCGUCAUCAUCCUCCGACAGCGACAGUGACAGUGAGCCGGACCGCAUCAGUGAAUGGAAGAAACGAGAUGAGGAGCGCAGACGAGAGCUUGAGGAGCGGCGGAAAAAGGAGGAGGCUGAGGAGCUCCGCCGGCUACGUGAGAGAGAGAAGGAGGAGGAGGAGAAAAAGAAGAAAGACAAAGAAAAGGGCAAAAAAGAGAGUGAUAGUGACAGCAGUAGCAGCUCGGAUGAAGGUAUAGAGGAGCAUCCGCUGAAGAAGUCCAAGAAACCGCCUCCGCCCCCGAUCCCCGCACCCUCUGACUCUGAUUCUCCACCUCCAGCAGAGAUGAAAAAAUCAUCAAAGAAAGUAGACAAACAGAAGGCAAGAAUAAAGAAGGAGAAGGAAAGAAAAGACAGAAAGGAGAAGGAGCUGAAAGAGAAGAAAGCCAGACAGACGGAGGAGAAGUCCAGAGCGAGGUCUAAACCUGAAAAGCCCAAACGCCGACCAGAGAGGCCGCCCGAGAAGAAAGUGGAAAAGAAAAAAGAGCCAUCACCAGAGGAAAGGCUACAGAAACUCCACACAGACAUUAAAUUUGCACUUAAAGUGGACAACCCAGACAUUGAGCGUUGUCUAAAAGCUCUCGAAGAGCUUGAAGCUGUACCUGUCACCAGCCAGAUUCUCCAUAAAAACGCUGAAGUUAUCGCCACCCUAAAAAAGAUUCGGCGGUAUAAAGCCAGCACUGCAGUCAUGGAGAAGGCCAGCGAGGUCUACAACAAGUUAAAACUUCGCUUCGUGGGAAAACCAGAGCUGGCAGCUAAGCCUAAAAUAGAGAACAAAGAAACAGAGAACGAUGAAAAGCAGUCACAAAACACUGAAUCCACACCCGUGAAUGGGGAAUCGGAGGAGAAAAAAGAGAAUGCAGAGGAGGACGAAAAGCCCAAUUCGCCUCUGAAAGAGGAGAACAAUGACGGCCAAGGUUCAAGUCCAAACAGGCCCAGUUCAGACAGCCCAGCUCCACAACAGACACACACAUAUGAGGAAGAAGACGGUACCGUCUCAGCAGAGCCAGAACCGGCCGCCGUAGAAACCUAAAAGACUCUCUGGAACCACUGGCAGCGGACCAAGCGCUAAAAGACGGUGGCCUCUGCUUGACGAUCAGACGCCGCUCUCGGCUCAGGAGCAUCGCCACACGCACCCAGCAUUUCCUGCAGCACCUGUUACAAAAAUAGAUGAUGCUUUGGACUUUUUUGUGGUACACUGGUAUCAAGUCAGAAAGCCAUCCACUCAGUCUGUUGGUCCAUUGUUUCUCACCGUUAAGUGAAAACUUUCUUUUUAUUGUUAAUGAAUUUCCUCCUCAUUUUGUUCAACUUAAACUCCAGCUCCUGCCUCGUCGUCUGUCUACUUUCAAACUGCCCACAUAUUAAAAAGAAAUCAUCACUUUUUUUAACUUUUUUUUUUUUUUCUUUUUUUUUUUUUCUUUUUUUUUUUUUUUUUUUUAGCUCUCGCAACCAGAAUGAAAUGGAACCAAACUUAUUUUAAACAGAGACCGGGACGACUUGGAGAGAAAUCUUUUUUCUCUUUUUCUCUAAGGACUUUUUGUGUAAACCCUUACAUCUGUUUACUUCCUUUUAUAAAACCUGCCAAACAUCACCAAGGCCUCUUUUCUGUGUGUGGCAUUGCCAGAGUGGUACAGUCCUGUUUAUGAGUCUUCUGUGUUAACUAUUUAAAUAUCUGGUCUAAAUCCAGUUGAUACAGUCUGAAAUGUAAAGAGUCACUAAAAAGCUGUUUUUUUUUAACUGAGGUCCACCUCCUUUUUAAUUGCCUUUGUUUUCAUAGGAUCACAGUUUUGUCUCUAAAAAAUAAUUGCUGUGCAGUUAAGCACCAUACACUCUCCUCUUUAGUGUCUGCUUUCAAUGGAUCAUGAUGAAUAGGGGGGAAAAAAACUGAAAGCUGCCCUCAGAAGCUAUUGAGAUCUCAUGUAGCUGCAGCGUAUUUUGACUUUUUUAUGUGCAUACAUCAUGUGUUUUUAGUGCUAUGUAAAUUGGUAAAGCAUUUCUAUAACGUAGUUGAGACUUGAAUAAAAAUCUCAGCAUGG